UCUUUUAGAAUAGCAUUUUUGUAGCUUUUGAGGUUCAUUUUCCCCUCAAGAAAAGACCACCCAGUUACAAAUAUCAGUGCAGAAGAUGUCUGGAAAUGGGCUUGUUUCAGUCAGAGAAAUUGCUCAAGACCCCAACUCUAAUCCAAUCAAUAAAAAGAGAAACUUGCCAGGAACACCAGAUCCAGAUGCUGAAGUGAUUGCUCUAUCCCCGAAGUCUCUGAUGGCCACCCACCGCUUCGUCUGCGACAUAUGCAAGAAAGGUUUUCAGAGGGACCAGAACUUGCAGCUUCACAGGAGAGGACACAACCUUCCAUGGAAGCUGAAGCGAAGAACCAAAGACAGAGACCCGCCAAGAAAGAGAGUUUACAUAUGCCCAGAGACAACCUGUGUCCACCAUGACCCAUCAAGAGCUCUUGGAGACCUCACAGGGGUGAAGAAGCACUACAGCAGAAAGCACGGGGAGAAGAAGUGGAAGUGCGAGAGGUGUUCAAAGAAAUAUGCAGUCAAGUCAGAUUGGAAGGCUCACAGCAAGAUUUGUGGGACUAGAGAGUAUAAAUGUGAUUGUGGCACCGUCUUCUCCAGGAAAGACAGCUUCAUCACCCACAGAGCCUUUUGUGAUGCUCUAGCUGAAGAGAGCACAAAAUUCAAUUCCUCAAACUUCAGGAAUGACCCAACACUGGCUCCUCCUCAGUCAGUUGCAACAAUCCCUCCUCAAUCAGUUGCAACAAUCCCUGAUAAUUUCAGAAUACUCGGCCCGGAAUUCGGUAAUCCCCAUCUUAACAGUUGCGGAUUUGCCGGUACAUCUGCCAACGCAUUCUUAGCUUCAAUUUUCGGCAGUGACCGACCAGAAUUCGUUCCUACAGUGCCGAUGAGUAUUUUCGGGUCGCCAAGCACGUCCUUAUUUGGGUCCGGUCCAUCCGUCUUGGAGUUGCCUCAGUGUGUGAAGGAGGAAGAAGAGAGCAAGAGUUCAAUAUCCGAUGCAGUGAGUUCUUUGUAUGGUUCAAUCGAUCAGAAUCAUCCACAACAACAAAGCCAAGGUCUCAUGUCAGCCACUGCACUCUUACAAAAAGCAGCAAUACUGGGAUCUACCAUGGCCAAUCCACCACUCAUCAGUGACGUGGGUCUCGGACUAAUGAGCUCAUCGUCAUCUUAUUUACCCAAUGCUUCAAAUUUCUGUUCCCUUUCUCAGAACUUGAAUGAGUCAAUACUGAGUUCAUUCUCCUCUCCAGUCACUUGUUCUCCUGGAGGAGAUCAUGUGCUGGCCUUCGGCGAUACAGACUCGAGCUCACCGACAGCCGAAACUGAGAACACGCUGAGAAAUAUGGUGAUGCAAGCCAAUGGGAACGUGAGCCAACCGAGAGUUGUUCAAGGGAAGCUGAAUCAUGCAUUAGUUGAAGGCAAUUUGACUAGGGAUUUUCUCGGUGUUGGAGGCAAACCGAGUUCACACGUCAACCAGCAAGUGCUAGCAGAUUUUGCUUCACUGGGGUCAUUGUCCACGGAUUUGAGCCCAGUACAGUUUACUUAGCUAUGCCAAUAUAAAUGAUAUCUUGGUCUAGAGCUCUUUCAUGUACUGAUAGAAUUCAUGAAAGAAGCAAGCUCGUUCAUACUUAAAGAUAUCCUGGGAAGGUAGAAUGAUGAAAGCUUAAAGCUUCAAUCAAGCCUGUCUUUAGCUAAUUCGCGCAAGCGGCGACCCAAGUAUAUUGGAACGACUCGUCACUGUGCAUUGGUUUUAA